CUUUUUUUUUUUUUUUUGUUUUGUCUUUGGCAUCCAUCCAGCCUUCGUGUGAAACGCACACUUGUAUAAACUCGAGAUUUUUUCGAAACCGUCAGUGGUAAAAUUUUGGAAACAAGGAGCAAGAAGAAGAAGAAGACCAAGAUGCGACCAAAGCGAAUCGCAACAGUCACCACCGCUGCUGCUGCUGCUGGACUCUCCGUCGUAGCCGCAGUCGCAUUCGCACCGACGCCAGUCAUGGCUGCGGACAGCACGACGGUGGGUGCUGCCGUCGGCGGGUCCGUUGGCGGCGUCGUUCUGUUAGUCGUUCUGGGCAUCGUUGUCUGGCUUUGUCGCAGACGCCGGCAAGGAGACGACGAACAGCAGAUUGCAAAAUCAGAUCAGCGGCCGAACAGUCGUCUGGCAUCUGCGGACGACAUUUCAAACGCGCUCGACCGGCCAGGCAUGCCGGCGACGACGACGACCGCAGGGAAGAGCAAUGCAAGCAGUUCAAAGAAGCAGCAGCAGCCAGAACCUGAGCUGAGCUACGUCGAGCUCCAGCCGCAAUCUGGCAGUGUCAGCUAUGAACCCUCGGUAGAUUAUGCAGAGGUCGUCCCGCCAGCGGAGGGCGCGCUGCCCCGCGACCAGCCAUUCCAGCCGAUUCAGCCAUCCAACUACACCAGCGUCGCUCCACGAGCGAUUGACUCGACCGUCAGUCCGUAUUCAACCUCGACACUGGUACAAAAGCAACCAGAUCCGAACGCCACUUCCUACACUGCGGUGGCACCAAGGCCGCUGGAUUCGACGGCCGAGGCUUAUGAGACUGUCGGUGUUGCAAGGCAGUAGACACAGGGCUCCUCUUCCGUUUCUCUUUCCGCCCCGCUCCCUCUCAGUUGUAUCUGCAGCUUUGCAUAUGGUUGUCAUUUUGGAUGUGGGUUUUGGUUGCAACGUGCAGGCUACCGUUUUGUGUGUAAAUGUAGCUGUUCUGUUUUGACCGUCCGUUUUGACUUGCCUUGACUUUUUUGUUUGCCAUUCAAAGUUUGAUUAUUACAAACAUCUCGAU